UCCGUAGCCGUGUAGCGGGAACCUAGCAAAUUGUUGUUAUUGUUCUUGGAGCAUACACGCGGGAAGGAGCAGCUACAGUACAUGCUGUACAUGAGUGCAAGUAUGCGGACACGCUCGCAGAGAACCGCGUUAAAAAAAUGUUCACCUAAAUGUGAGAACAAAAACACUGUUACCAAAGGGAACCAUAAUGCUGAAAUAAAAACCAAGACCCCACACAUGCCUGAUAAAAGAGGGAGAAAAAAUAAUCUGAAAACAUCAUCAAAUGUUAAUGGUCACAGCUGCAAGGAAGACCCACAACCUGCUGGUAUAACUGGAAAUGUGAAGACAAGGAAGGUCAUCCGUGUGAAGAGUUCUGCAAAACAUGCAGGUGGGAAAAGCAGUAGCAAAGAGAGGAAGUCCAGUUCCUAUGAUCAAUGGGUGGAAGGUAAAUUUCCAUGUAAAGAAUGUGGCGUGGUUCUGGAGAGCAGAAAGGACCUUAUCGAUCAUAACCAGAUGGCACAUCAUCAAUUACGUCCAUGCAAGUGUCGUGUAUGUGGCGACCGCUUUGCUAAUCAAUAUACACUGAAACUUCAUAUGCGCACGCAUUCAGGGGAGCGUCCUUACACCUGCAAAAUCUGUAAAAAGGGUUUUACGCAGAAGGGCUCUCUGAACACCCACAUGAUUCUGCAUAGCGGUGUUAAAGCGUAUAAAUGUGAAGAAUGUGGCCAUAGGUUUGCUAGAUGUGGAGAUUUGAAGUCACACCGGAAAAUUCACAGUGAUGAAAAACGGCACAGUUGUAUCGAAUGUGGUAAACAAUUCCACCGAGCGGAACAUUUGCGGCAGCAUUUACUGAUUCAUGCUGGAGAAUUGCCGUAUUCCUGUACCGUCUGCGAUAAAAAGUUUCGUAUUGCUAGUAACCUUGCUGCUCAUCAACGCACGCAUACAGGAGAAAAACCUUUCAAAUGUCCUGAAUGUGACAUGCGCUUCAGACAGUGGACCCACCUGAAAGUACAUCAAAGUGUGCACUCAGAUGAACGUCCGUAUGCAUGUGAGCACUGCGAUAUGAAGUUCUCACGUUUGGGUUAUCUACGCAAUCACAUGCAGAUUCACACCAACAACCGACUUUUUGUCUGUGAGGACUGUGGUCACUGUUACAGAAGCCAGAGUAACUUGGAUGUUCACCGCGCUGUGCAUUCUGAAGACAGGCCGUUUAAAUGCUCGCUGUGCGACAAGAGCUUUAAACAAUAUCCAGGACUGAUGAGACACAAACUUGUUCACACAGCAGAGAGACCACACCAGUGUAAAAUCUGCAGCAAAACGUAUCGCAGCACAGGAGGACUGCGUUUACAUAUGUUUUCUCACACAGGUGCUCGCCCUUACGUUUGCAGUGAGUGCAAAAAAGGCUUUAGAGAUCCUGGUGCCCUCACGAGACACAUCCGAACACACACCGGAGAAAAACCUCAUAAGUGUGAGCUUUGUCCAAAAGCGUAUUCCCAGCUUUCAGGCUACUAUGCUCAUAUGCGUAUACACACUGGGGAAAAACCCUACAAAUGUACCCACUGCUCUAAAGCUUUUCGCCAUCGAAAUAGUAUGAAAGCCCACGUUUUACUCCACACCGGACAGGCUCCUUUUCCCUGCCCAGAAUGUGGAAAACUUUUUAAGCAAACAAAUAGUUUAAAAAAACACAUGACAACAUUUGGCCACAGUGACAAAAAGAAAGCUGAUAUCAGUAAAGUGAAAAACGUGUAAAAACUAUAGAAAUUCAUAACCAAAGAAGUUAGCUUUUAAAUAAGUAGCUUUAAGAUGUUGAAGAAAUUUCACCCAAAAAUUACAAUUAAAUAAUUGUAACAAUUGUAUGACAAUUAAAAUUCUGUCAUUCACUCACCCUCAAGUUGUUUCAAACUUGUAUAAAUUUCUUUGCUCAGAAAAAAUGGAAAAUGGAAGAAACACGAAAAGUGAAAAGAAAUGUGUUGCAAUGCAUUCCAUUUUGUGUGUGUGUGUAUGUGUUGAACUUUUGUUUAUCUUGGUUUUGGUUUUCUUGUAUAGCUGCUUUGAUGCAAUGAAAAUUGUAAAAGCUCUAUAAAAUAAAAUUACACUGAAUUG